CUGACGCUCUGUCAGAUGCUUUGAACGAAUGGUUCCGGGGAAGUGAGGCGUGUGGUCUUUCUUCAAAGAUGGAGUCUCAGAAUUCAAACCUCACAUGUGUCAUUUGUCUGGACCGCUUCAAAAUCCCUGUGACCAUCCCCUGUGGCCACACUUUCUGCAAAAACUGCAUCACCAUUCACUGGGAUGUCAAGAGCAAGUCUGAUAUUGGCGCCCAGUGCCCCAUCUGCAGUGAGAAGUUUCCCACUAGGCCCAUUUUAAAGCGAAAUGUGUCCCUGUCGGUCCUGACUGAGGCUGCCAACACCACCGGCCCCUCCUGCAGAGAGCUGCCGGUGAGGGGAGGCGAUGGGGCGAGAGCUAUGCUGCUUUGUGAUCUACAUAAGAAACCCUUGGUUUACUACUGCCAGCAGGACAAGAUGCCUGUAUGUCACGAAUGUGGGAUCUCACAAUGCAUGAAGCAUGACAAAGUCUUGUUGGAAACAGAGAGGGAAAAUCAAGAGCUGCUAUUGGAAAUAAAGAGCAAAGAGGUGGAAAAACUCCUGGAAGAAACUCAGAAAAGUAUAAAUCACAUGGCAGAGAAUAUCAAUCAAGCUAAGGUGACUCUUCAGCAGACUUCUGCCUGGGUGAACGUCAAGUUUUCCACUCUGAUAAAAGUCCUGGGUGAGAAGCAGGAGGCCACAGAGCUUGUCAUUGAGGAGCAGAAGGACACGGUCAUUGCAGAGGCGGAAGCCCGGCUCGCCCAGCUCAGCGAGCACUCGCAGAUCCUCAGAGAGAGCCAGGGCCAAAUCGCAGCCCUGCAUAACCUCUCUGACACGGACCUCAUCAGGGAAUCGACGCUUAUAAAAGUUCCACGUUUUCAAGAAAUUCCCACAGAGAUUUCGCCAAACCUUCAGGAUCGAUUAAAUGGCAUCACAGAUGUCUUGUCCCGAGUCUCCAAGCUGGUUUCUGAGGACCUGGAGAAAGCUGUGAGCAGCGCCGUGGGACAGGACAAAGAUGGCUCCCCUCAGGACAAGAGGCCAGUACUCGCCGUGGUUCCCAGUCCUGCUGCUCCAUGCCACCCUGGUGGGAAGGAAGGCCUCAAUGCCUAUCGAUGCUCUCUGACCUUCGACCCUCGCACGGCCAACGGACACCUGUUUCUUUCCCAGGAAAAUCGAAGGGCAGAGCACCUGACCUCGGGGCCACGCCAUGUCCUCGCCCACGAAGCUCGGUUCGAUCACACCUGGCAGGUGCUCUGCUUCCAGGGCUUCACCCACGGACAGCACUACUGGGAGCUGGAGGUGUCCAAACCCUGGGCCUACCUUGGGGUGACCUAUGAGACCAUCCCCAGGAAGGAGAAGGGCAAGAAAUGCAUGGUGGGUAUGAACGAACUGUCCUGGAGCCUGCAGCUGGACGAGCACCAGCUCUGUGCCUGGCACAACGGGCGCCGCGAGACGCUGGCCGGCCCGUCCCACCACAGCCGCAUCGGCAUGCUGCUGGACUACGAGGCGGGGACGCUCACCUACUACGGAGACGGCCAGACCAGGCUCCACGCCUUCCACUGUGCCUUCACUCAGGAGCUGUUCCCCGCCUGCUGGAUCGGAGAAGGAGUCUGCAUCACUCUCUGCUCCACAUGAGGAGGUGCGGAGAAGCCGCGAAGAGCUCAGUUACUGGAGGCAUCAGAACUAUAAUGCUUCAGUGUGUGAGUAACACAGCAAACACGAGGAAAUGGAGCGCUCUGAAGAGCUCUGCGAUGCCGACUCUCCCUGAAACACACAGAUCAACUACUCUCUUAUUUUUCUCUCCUACUACCCCCCGAGGCUGAACAGAGGCACAACAAAAACAUCAUGUUCCUCCUCAGAGCCCCUUUUACACGGCACUUUUUAAAAAGAUGAUAUAUUCUUUCCCUUUUCUUUCUCUGCCUUCCUGAAUCAUUUCGAGCAGGUGAUCCGACUGUGCUUGACUUUAUUUUCACUUGGUGGAAACGAACUCUCCUUACAUUUUAGUGCCAUUUGGCUUUUUUUCUUCCAAGCAUUUGUGAAUUCCUCUUGUGUGUAGUUUCAGGUAGAAAAAUGCACAUCUCAACUCAGAUUAUUCCAUUAUCACAACAGUCUUUUACUAGUCAUAGUGUGGCGAUGUUGCACUGCUCUCCUUUGAAACUGUUCAUCACCUCAGUAUGUCUCUGGUCUCAGAUUCACUUCAGCUCUCAGCUUCUGCUCUCCGAGUUCUGAGGAAACCACUAAGAAUCAGAAGUCGAUGUCUGCUGUCACCAUCUUCAAAGAUUCAGUUUAGUUAUUUUGUUUCAUGACUUGGUUAUGCCAGAAUGGCACGGCUGUGUCGUGCGGUUCAUUGUUAUUGAUCAAAACGCCGCUGCUCGUUGGUUUUCAAUUCAAUUCAAUGUUAUUUAUAUAGCGUCUAUUAAAACAGAAGUUGUCUCUAGGCGCUUUCCAGAGACCCAGAACAUGAACCCCUGAGCAAUUAUUACAUAAACACUGGCAGGUAAAAACUCCCCUAGUGGGAGAAAAACCUUAAGCCAAACAGUGGCAAGGAACAACUCCCCUUAAGGAGGGAAGAAACCUUGAGCAGGACCAGGAUCAUAAGGGGGGACCCUCCUGCCGGUAUAUAGCUUCUUCUGGUAGAGCCCCUUUCCUUUCGUGUUCUCCUUCUACACUUCUUCCCAAAAAAACUUCAACGCACCUCAGAAAUCAAACAUAGAACAAGCUGCUCUCUUUGCUGCUGUUGAUGUAACCAUGGUGAGUGAUAGAUAGAUAGAUAGAUAGAUAGAUAGAUAGAUAGAUAGAUAGAUAGAUAGAUAGAUAUUGUCAUUGUUUUUAGGAAACGCAAGGGAGGGUGAAAACAUGACAUAACUCCCUGUUCUCCAUAGAAAUCGUUAAUGAUGGUGGCGUGAUGCCUCUUUCUGGACUUCAUUUAAAGAUGAAUUAAGUAAUGAAGUGAAAAAUUUGCUAAACCAAGAUGCGUUUGUAAAAUAUAAAACCAAAAUGCUCAGGCUCUUCCUUCUAACCAUCAAAAAACCCCACCACCAGAGCAUGUGUCAGACACAUCAUUGCGAGGGUGGCGAUGUUGAACACCGAGAAGCGACAAAAAAACAGAACUAGUCAGCGGUUGAACAUGUCGAGAUUGCAACAUUUAAAGGAUGACCACUCUGCCGGAAAAUCUCAGAACCAGCAGUUUACAGCCCUAUUCUGAAUCUUGUAAUUCAUCCUUAGUUGAGCCCACCUUUCUCAAAAUCACUGAGCUGGUUCCACGCACGGUGACAGCUACACCUUUACCUGGUCCGGAUGAGUGCAUGUCAUUGGCCCUGAACAAGGAAGUCCGCUUGAGUGGCAGAACGGGUGAUAAAUCACUUCAGUGACAGCUGCUCAUGUGUUCACUCCGUUGGGAUUUUUUUUAUAGGCUUGUUUCUUAGACAAUAAAUAGCAAUAAAUAGCAAAAAUCCCAAGAUCCUAAAUGUUCACGUGCGUUCACAAGAACCCUGGAGAGCAAGGAGAGCAAAAAACUGAAAGGCAGAAUGCACAUGAGACGUUCGUACUUGCAUCAGUGAAUCUGAGUUCAGAAACUCUGUUUUUGGAUAGUGGUGGAUAUUUCCACCCAGGCAGGUGAUUUGAAGGAGCUCAGUUCAACAUCUGAGGAUAUAAAAACAAGAAAUAAAUCCUGCUCUUAUUUGGAAAAGCACGUUCUAUACCAAGAUAGCAAUAUGCAACACCUUUAACUGUUAAUUUUUACAAUUAACAAGCAAAUCAUUUAAAUCUCCACACCUGCUGGAUUAAGUGUUGUAAAGACUAAAUUCCAUUGUUAUUAUUUUUCCAUUUUUGUUGCUGUACGAUGAGAAAUGAGACACUGAGCAGCAGGUGGGUGCAUCUGAUCUAAGUAUCUAUUAGAAGUUUUUCUACAUUACUGAAGUAUUUAUAGACAGUUUGGAGUUUGCCACGAGUACAAAAGUAGAUGGUUUAACAAGAAUAACACCGUAGACGGUUGAUGUUUGCUGCCAUCUCAUGUCACACGAGUCAGACUUGACACCUGAGGUGUUGGUGGUAAACGGGACGCCACAGCGCAUUUCUUUUGAAAUCAAAACCUGACUAACCGAACACAUGCAGACUGUUUAAGAUGUUACUGUAUUCCUUUAGAUUUAAAAAAAAAAAAAAAAGAGUAACUUACCCUGUAAUUCUACAGCCCUUUUAUUUACUUUGUGUUUGAGAAAUAAGUACAUUGAAAUGUUUUGUUACAUUCUUGUGUUUCUACUGCACAGAGAAGUCAGUCCACUCAAAGAUGUGCACUGGUGCUUGACGCAGUGUUUACAGGACCUGCUGGAGGACAGUCCUCCCAGCUUCAGGUCCAACUGCGGCCAUGCGGGCUGGUCGUUACUACUGAGGCUGCACCGCUAAAAACAUCUCUGGGUUUCAGCCCAAAUGCACAACUGAAUCGCUCUGAAAGCAGUCUCAAACCUGACAGCGUCACGGAUUCUGCUGCACUUUUUUUGGGAU